AUGAAACAGCUUGAUGGAUACCAUUUAAUGAUAGUAUCACAGUAUUUUAGCACACUUGCAGAUUUUAUAAACGUUGAAUGUGUAAGUAAAAAGUAUUUAAAUAACAUGAAAAAGUUUCACUUCAAUCCAAUAUCAUUUACUUUAAACACAUUGAAAUACUUUCCCAACAUUGAAACUUUAAAUGUUUAUACAAAAACAGACUUUGACUCUAUUAAAUCUAUUUUUAAAAACCCUUCAACUUCCCAAUUACCAACAAACUUUGUGGACUCAAUUUUUAAAGUUCGCAUCUUUUGCACUUGCGAAUUUUUUGAGGCAGUUGAACUGGCAAAUGCUCUUAAACACAAAAUUUCAUUUAACGUUUUAGCACUCCAAAAAGAUUCAAUUAAUAAACUAAUUACAAAGAAAAUGAAUACAUUGUGUCUUGACAUUCAAAUAAAUCAAACCCAAAAAAUUGACAACUUUAAUAUAAACAAAGUUGUCAGUUUCACUUCAAAAACAAAAAAUUGUAAAGUUGUUCUUCCAAAAGGGAAGUACGUCAUUGGAGAAUCGGCAUUUGUAAAUAUUUCACUUGCUGAGUUAAAUCUUUCAUAUGGUGUUGUGGGUAUUGAACCAUUCGCGUGUAUUAAUAAAUCAAUAACAAAAAUUACAUUGCCAGACAGUCUGAAAACAAUUCGAGAAAUGGCGUUUGCUCGUUGUGAAUAUUUAAAAGAAAUCACAAUACCAAAAAGUGUCGAAUUGUUCAGAGAAAACGCGUUUUAUAAAUGUAGUAGACUGACUAAAAUGAGAGUAUAUAAAGACUUCGAAGUGGUUGACCAUUAUGGAGUUUUAGAUGGAAUGAUUUAUGAACGAUAUGCGUAA